CUGUUCAUUGCCAGUUAUAUGCACUCACAAACACAAAACAUUUAAACACUUCAGUCAUGAAAGAUUUACAAAGGUAUUUAUUGCUUUUGAAUUUUAGUUUUGUUUUAUUGCAGUUUUAGGACGGUAGCAUUAAUCAAUAACGUGGGCGUAAAACCAGUCUGUUGCUUACUUAAAAACUUUAAAGCAGCAAGAACAUUUUAAAUUCACUUUUAUGUCACCUUUUCUUCUGACACCAGCAUUUUUCGCUCAAGCAAGCUGCGCCCAAAGUCCUUGCAAAAUCCUUUGCUCUUAUUGUAUCCUAAAAACAAGGAUUGCUUAACAUGCACGUGAGGCUAAUUCUUUUUUCUUUCUCAGUAACAGAUUUAAAUUUCCAAUUAAAUGUCUGAUGUGUAUUAUGUCAUGUGCCAUUGAUAAUCCUUGAACAUGCACUGUUGCCUGUGUUUGUCUAAGUCUAGAUAUAUGACAGCUUUUGAGAUCUAAAAUAUUUUAUUAUCAAAAUCAGUUUGCAUGGGGGGGUGGCUGUACAGAUUGCAAGAGUUGUUAGUCAUUUUAAAUGACCUUUUAAAAAGUCCACUUCAUAACCAUCUAACUGAGGGAGAUUAUUGAUCAAGAGCAGAACAAAGUUCAUCAGCAGUUGACUCUAACUUUCUGGCCAAUCUUGGGCUUAGAGGCGGGGGAUAGAAUAAAUGCAAGAUGAUACAUAUGCGCUUCAGUUCCUCGGAGGAGAAACCGAGAUCGGUUCAGAGCUUUUUAGCAGCCAGGAGAGCAUUUCGCAAAGAUGGUUUCCCUAAAAUCUCCGUCCCUGAUGCCGGUGACCCGCGCGGAGGCGCUGCUCGCUCUGAGCUGCCUGGCUCUCGUUCUCCUCGCAUUCCUGCUGGUGCGCCAGCUCGUCAAGCAGAAGAGACCCCCUGGGUUUCCUCCCGGUCCAUCUCCCAUUCCUAUCAUAGGAAACAUUUUUUCUCUCGCUACUGAGCCGCACGUCUUUCUCAAGAGGCAAAGCGAAGUUCACGGGCAGAUUUUCAGUCUUGACCUGGGAGGCAUAAUGACCGUGGUAUUAAAUGGUUAUGAUUGUGUGAAAGAAUGCCUUUAUCACCAGAGUGAGGUUUUUGCUGAUCGGCCGUCUCUGCCACUAUUUCAUAAAAUGACCAAAAUGGGUGGUCUUCUAAACUGUAAGUACGGGAAAGGCUGGAUUGAUCAUCGCAAGCUGGCCUGCAACUCCUUCCGUUACUAUGGCAGCAGCCAGAAACUGUUUGAGCGAAGAAUCACGGAAGAGUGCAUGUUCUUAGUCGAUUCGAUUGACAAGUACAAGGGAAAACUCUUCAACCCAAAACACCUUGUGACCAACGCCGUGUCAAACAUCACCAAUCUGGUCAUCUUUGGCCAGCGUUUCACCUACGAUGACAGCAACUUCCAGCAUAUGAUCGAGAUCUUCAGUGAGAACGUGGAGUUGGCCGUCAGCGGCUGGGCUCUCCUCUACAACGCCUUUCCUUGGAUCGAAUAUCUGCCCUUUGGAAAACACCAGAAGCUGUUCCACAAUGCUGCUGAGGUGUACGACUUCCUGCAGAAGGUUAUAACAGGAUUUUCCCAAGGCAGGGUGCCCCAUGCACCACGUCACUAUGUUGAUGCCUAUCUGGACGAGUUGGAGCAGAACGCAAGAGAUCCCAGGAGUUCUUUUACUUACGAGAACCUCAUCUAUUCCGUGGGGGAGCUCAUUAUCGCCGGCACAGAGACCACAACCAACACCCUGCGUUGGGCUAUGCUGUACAUGGCCCUCUACCCCAACAUACAAGAGAGGGUGCACAGAGAGAUCGACAGUGUGCUGACCAACGGGAGGCCACCUUCUCUCGAGGACAAGCACAGGAUGCCCUACGUGGAGGCUGUUUUGCAUGAGAUCCUUCGCUUCUGCAACAUUGUGCCUCUUGGUAUCUUCCGAGCUACCUCCCAGGAUGCGAAAGUUAAGGGGUACUCGAUUCCUAAAGGAACCAUGGUGAUCACAAACCUCUACUCAGUGCACUUUGACGAGAAGUACUGGAGCGACCCAGGAAUCUUCUUACCAGAAAGGUUUCUGGACAUUAGCGGCAACUUCAUAAGGCGUGAGGCCUUCCUUCCGUUCUCUUUAGGGAGGCGUCACUGUGUGGGUGAACAGCUGGCCCGGAUGGAAAUGUUCCUAUUUUUCACCACAUUGCUGCAGAGGUUUCACCUUCAGUUCCCUCCACGAACUGUUCCAACUGUAACUCCCAAACUUGGAAUGACCCUACAGCCCAAACCUUACUCCAUUUGUGCUGUCCGCAGGCAGCAGAUGUUUCAAUGCUCCGAAGGCACUCCUUACCACAAGUAGGUUCGUCGGCUGCAGUGCACAGAAUCACCUGUGCAUAUUCAUCUUCCAAGAGGACUUCUGGUGAUCCAUGUGUCCACUGACAUCUUAACACAAACAAUCAGUUUAUUCGAGUGCUACAGAUAUUUUUUUUAUAAACAUAUAUGCAUGUUUGCACAGUACUUUUGAACAGCAGGGGAGGUGCCAGGAGCUGACUGGACAUCCUGGGAGCACGAAUGGGCUAUUGAUUCAAUUCCCUGAGCUCCUGCAACCAGAAACGAAAUGCCUGUGAACCUUGGCGCAGCGGCGAUGGUUUAGGUCAAUGAUUUAUAUUAUGUACACCAAUGAUGGUUCAUAGCACUGAUGUUGUAGGACAGCUUUGGGGAGAUUAAUGACACCAGCUCUUCAUACAGCAUUUGUCUGGCCAAAUGGGACUAACGGACUUUCCAAGAAAGUUCUGAACUGUGUAUUGGAAUUGGCUUAAGACCAAGAUUUACAUCAUCUGGACUGACUCUGAACCUUUCUCCAGGGAUAGUGCUAUGUGGAAAAUCUUUCUCUUAGAAAGCAAAUGUAACCCUGAUGGAUUUCUAGAAACUGACUUUGCAAGACUGGUUUCUGAUAAAUGGUGCUUAUCGGUACUAAUAACGUAUUGUGUUUAUAUGUGACAUGUUUGUUGUAUUUUUGCAAUCCUGGUAGUGUACAUGUUUAUUUUUUUGUGUGUGUAUUCAUAAGCUUGCCCUUCCUUUCCUUUCAAAAAUGUUAUUCUUAAAAGCUAUUUUUUCCCAAAUGACCCUUUGUGUUAUUCACAGCUGUAUGCUAUUAUCAAUUUAACAACUCCAACUGUUCUGAUGUGUCACUAGCAGAAACAUUUCACAGAAUGUAACCUGAAGAAAACUCAGUCAACUUUGGGCUCACGUUGUCUAAGCAAAAAGAAAAAAUAUUUUCUUCUUUUUAACUUGAAGUGAAAAAGUCACUGUUCAGUGCAAACUGUUUCUAGAAUCUAAUACUUAGUAGAUGUGUUGCUUGAAAUGUAUACUGGGAUACCUAAAUACAGUUUGACUAGGAAUGUUAAUAACUUAAUAGAAUGAAAAGAAGACAUAAAAGACUACAACUGGACUUCAUAAGCAUCAAAAGGCCAACUUCAAAUUGAUUUUUAGUUCUUUCUUUAAGGCAAGAGGCAAAGCACUGUAUAAUUAGCUUAAUGACAGAUGUAAAUUGCAGAUUUUUGCAGACAGUAACUAUCCUAAGUAUGCCUGACACACAGGUGAGGGUUCACACAUCAGACAACACAAGUUCAGGUUUGACUACGGUGGUCAUCCACUGUACUAACAUGAAGCUAAGGAAGCAUGAUCUCUGUUGAAGUUUUAAAUUUUACCUAGUAGCUAAUGUUUGGCUGUGACAGCAGUCCAACUCUGUGAAGCUUACCAGAAAUUGCCUAAAACAUAAAUAACAUUUUCUAUGAUUUGUUUUAAGGAUCAGAAUAAUCAUUUUCCUCUGAUUAGCAUUGUUUAUGUUAGCAUUGCAGCAAAGUUAGCUACUGCAGGAUGUUAGAAAAGCAGACUUUUAAAAUUCUGGUUACUGCUUGCAGAGCUGUGGAAUAACUGCCUGUGGUCUGUUAGAAAAAUAUUGUUGAGAGAGUGAGCUCUCUCAAAAAUAUUAGUAUUUUUAAGGACGUUGCUUUAGUAUAUAUAG